AAUAGGAUGUGUUCAAGAUUUCAUAAAGGAAAGGAGGAGUUUUUUAACUAAGUGAAGAAGUAAAACAUACUACAGUAGGCUACUAUUUCCUGACGCAAGCACACACCUGAGUGAUUUUGGUGGUUCGAUCCAGGAUGAAGUGAAGUAAUGUGCCGCAAUAUUGAAAUCAUUUGGAUAUCUGAAACAAGCUUGAAUGGAAUACCCUGAUUGCUAUUUGUAAAUGUGCGGUUUUAGCCACGACUUAACUGCCCUGGGAACAGUUUUUGGGGGAAUGGAGAUAUUAGUCAGAGCUGCGUAAUGUGUUUAUAUGCCCGUGGAUAUAGGCUACGUUUUGUCUUCACUCUUUUAACGACAAGGCAGAUAACAAGUAAAUAAUCAAUAAAUAAAAACCAUGAACCAUCUAAAUCCGUGGAGAUAUGGCAUGCAUUCUCCUCUAUAGCCGAGUUGCGCCGUCUUCAUAUAGGCAUACCAGGACAUGCGUCUGCAUAUUUUCCCUAUCUCUAUCACUAUCAUAUAUAUGCUACUGUCUCUUAUUUUCUUCGGAUGCUAUCAUGCAAAAACCAAGUGAUCCAACGCAGAACUGCCUGCGCCUCAGGAGUGAUGGAGGCAAAAAACUUCAGCAAAAAUCUCCUUACUGCACUUUGCCAUUGGACGCGAGAGCGACAAGGGAAAUAUCUCUCCAUGAAGCAAACCAAAGCAACGCCUCGGUUAAUCACAACACAGUUCGGAAUUUCACAUCAGACCGUCCUACCACUAACAACAUGGGCAGUGGGAAGUUCGGGAAUAAGAAGUUGCCAAAUGCCAUCAUUGUCGGUGUUAAAAAGGGCGGCACAAGAGCUGUCUUGGAGUUUAUCAGAAUCCAUCCGGACGUACGGGCGGUCGGCACAGAAACGCAUUUUUUCGACAGGAACUAUGACCGUGGACUAGACUGGUACAGAUGCCUGAUGCCACGGACUAUGGAGAGCCAGAUCACCAUGGAGAAGACUCCCAGCUACUUUGUAACAAGGGAGACACCUCGCCGGAUCUCCGCCAUGUCCCGGGACACCAAGCUGAUCGUGGUGGUGCGCGACCCUGUCACCCGGGUCAUCUCUGACUACACGCAGACCCUGUCCAAGACACCUGACAUUCCCAGCUUCCAGGAUCUGGCCUUCCAGAACCAGAGUUUAGGAUUGGUUGACACGUCUUGGAAUGCCAUCCGCAUCGGCAUGUACGCUCUGCACCUGGAAAACUGGCUCCGCUACUUCCCUCUGUCCCAGAUCCACUUCGUCAACGGGGAGCGGCUCAUCACGGACCCGGCUGGAGAACUGGCGCGGGUGCAGGACUUCCUGGGUCUGAAACGCAUCGUCACAGACAAACAUUUCUACUUCAACAGGACCAAAGGAUUCCCCUGCCUGAAGAAACCAGAGAGCAGCAGCUCACCCCGCUGCCUGGGCAAGUCUAAAGGUAGAACCCACAUUCAGAUAGAUCACGACACUAUCGAGCAGCUACGGGACUUCUACAGGCCAUACAAUGUCAAGUUUUACGAAAUGGUGGGUCAAGAUUUUAGAUGGGAAUAGAGAUUUGUGGGGAGGUCCGCAGUUUACAAGUGGCACAAGGAGAGACAAGAUGUCAUCCAUGAAUGUACGCACAGUUUAAAUGUUUUUUUUUUGUGUGGUUCUAUGGACCUCCUGUUUGGCUGUUGGUAAUAGUGUGGCUCUAGCUAAAGUCGUGGGUCCAAGUCUCGAAGGGAUCACAUACACAUAUUUAAAAAAUAUGUACAGUGCAUUCGGAAAGUAUUCAGACCCCUUCCAGCAGGACAACGACCCUAAGUACUGAGUAAAGGAUCUGAAUACUUAUGCAAAUGUGAUAUUUCAAUUUAAAUGUUUUUAUAAAUUGGCAAAAAUUCGGUUUUUGCCUUGUCAUUAUGGGAUACAGCGUGUAGAUUGAUGAGGGGGAAAAGACAUUUCAUCCAUUUUAGAAUAAGGCUGUAACGUCACAAAAUGUGGAUAAAGUGAAGGGGGUCUAAAUGCUUUGAAUGUACUGUACUUACUGUCCUGUUAGUCGCUUUAGAUAAGUGUCCGCUAAAGUUUUGAAAAUCCCUUGGCCUUUUCCUGCUGACUAGCUUUCCUCUGUUGCCGACUAAAUAUAUAAAAUAAGCCAAUGUCAUGGGAUAGAUGUAACUCCCCUCACUAAUCUCAGAAGACCAUGGAAAAUGUGAGCAUCGUCUUCAGAAAGGGAUAUUAUUGUAAAAGAUAAAUGACACUCUGGGCUUGAACUAAAACUGAAGUGGGAGCUGGGAAGCCUCUGUCGAUUCAUGUACUGUAUACACUGAAAAACAUUCUUGCUGUUUUGACAGUAUUAUACAAUAAAACUAACAGUAAAGUACCAUAUUAAUUAUUUACAGUAAAUUGGCAGUGCACGCUGGGUGAUUUUAGGCGUAAACAGUAAAUGAUACUGUAAAUUACAAAGAAACUUUGCUUUAACAGUACGUUACUGUAAGCACACAGCAUUGAGGGUCUGGAGUGAACCUAUAAAACAAGAUGUGUACUGUAUUUAUAUGAUUUACUCAAAUAAGUACACCGACUAUUAUUUCGAAGCGUGCCUUGUAAGAAGCUGCAUUUGGCCACCCAUUAGUGAGAUAGUAGUGCCCCAACAAUUAAAUGUGUAUAGGGGACCCAUUGGAAUAGCAACUAGUCUCAAACCUUUAAUGGUCGAGUAUUUACCAUGUCCUUUGGUUUGUUUUGCCCUGUAGUCACUGACAGUUUGGAAGCCUUUGUUUUAAGGGCUCUAAAAGUGCAGGUGAUAUAAAAUACAAAAAUUGUGAAUUUUAUAUCACUUACACUUCUAGAGGCCUUAACAAACAUUUCAGAACUGCCAUUCAUUGAUAUGCUGUAAUAUGCAAACACAUUACCUAGCAGCCAACCUGCUUGCACCAAGCCCAUGCAAUUAUGAUAAAAUACUGUAAAAUACAAACCCCAUCUCCCCUCAAUUAAUUUAAAUAAUUCAACUAUUCAUUAAUUGAUUCAUUGUGAUUACCGUAAAACAUAUUACAGUAAUGCACUGUACUGUUGUUUUACAGUAACUUACAGGCAGCCAGUUGUCUGUAAGUUACCAUAAAACAAUGGUAAAAGAUUACAGUAACAGUAUUGGAUACCGUGGAUACCGGUAAGUUACAUACUGUAAGUAAGUAACCUGUAAGUUACCGUAAAAACAACAGGAAAGAUUUUACAGUGUACAGCAAAGCUCACAAUGUGACUGCAAUAGCACAAAAACAUCAUAUUUCCCAAUCAUUUGUUUCUGAUUUUAGCUGUGGACUAAUUGAGCAAUUAACCGGUAUCAUUUCAUGGAUAAGAAUGAUGUAACAUGUAACACUUUACUUCUGCUUUUAAUGAUGCAAGGUCCCUUUUCAUGUUUCAAUAAAAAAACAACUUAAGAAAUAUAAUAUAUGUAAUCCCCCAAUCCCCGCAAGAUCAAAUCAGAUCAAUACUUUAUGAGCCCUUCUCUGUCAGUGAAGGUCACCUCUAAUACAGUGGCCUCACUUCUGUUUGAAUUUAGACAAUUCGCCCUUUUCCCAAGGUAACCCAUACACACUUUUUUCCUCUUGCCUUUUACAAUCUUACUCACAUCAAUCUCCGCUAAAUCAAAAGGUUGGUGUCACAAUUGAAAACUGAAGUGUGUGGCCGUACCAUCAUAGCUACACGGUCUAUUUGGACAAAUCAUUUCAGCUCAUCAGACUAUAGAAAUUCGAUUUUUGAUUGUCCUUUUUUCGCGAAUCCCGUGAAUAAAUAGCUUUCUUAUUAUUUACGACUCUUUGCCAUCAUAGAAUUUGCACAAAUUGUUGAGUUGUGUUUAGUAGUGAUGGAAUAUCCUUUGUGGGGUGCGGAAUUCCAAUAGCUUUUCAAAGACAAAGGAGGGAGCGCCUAGUUGUGGCAGGUUGUCAAAUUGAUUUGGGGACCACUUGGAUCCCACUUGUCACAUGAUUGUAUUGAAGAAGUUUGGUUUUGGAUGCAUGCUGGGAAUGUUGAAACUAGGCUGCCUAGGCGUGUGCCUCAGGCUUACAAAACGAGUGUCUAAAUUCUGCAGUGAAGAAAUUAGUUGCCUGUAUUUUUAAUAGGAAACAUUAACAGCACUUAUCUAAAUGGGGAAAUACGUGUUUUACAAAUACAGCAUGUACAGUACAUAUACUUUUGUUGUAUCUGUUGGUCAUGAGUCGUAACUCAUGAAACAGCAUUAAGUGUGUUACGGAUUGAUGUUAUGUUCAGAUAUUAUACAAGAUCUGUAUGCAAUGAAAGCCUUACCUACCGACGUUUUGUGUGUUUUAAAAGUGAAACGUUGACCCUACAAAUGGAAUCGAGAGGAAGCCUGAGCUCUAACCCAAUGAAGCGGUUCUCAUGUCUUUGUGUGGCAGAGCCACGGUAGCUCAUCAUUACUCAAAGAACUGUCGGAGUGGAAUUUAGAGCACAUGUUCAUUGUCCAGAGGAAAGUAGGAUACCGGCACCCUCGUGCCAUCGAGUUACCCUGUUAUUUAACAGUUACCGGGCUUCAAACCAAGGAUCCUAUUGAUUUACAUGAAUUCAUUAACCAUGACUCUCUCUCUCUUCCAGACAUACUAGUGUGCCAUGGGGAAUUUCAAGAGUUGUAAAUAACCACUCAGUAAAAACAGAGAAGGACCAUCAUAAAUGUGUUAAUGCUAGACUAGAGAGCACAGAGGAGAAUGGUUGAAGAAAGACGACUUGUUCUUUUACAUAUCCCCUGUUCUCUCUCUCUCUUUCUCGCUCUCCCAAACCCGAACAAGCUGUACUGUCUUGACAGAAGUGAUUAAAUGUUGCCAAAGCCA